AUGCUGAUCACUUUGAAACCGAAAUUCUUAGCACAAGCUUCAAGCUAUCCAUUUACUUUCAUAUCAACGCCGUAUCGAUCCGUUUGCCAUUUAUUCGAUUAUUAACCGAUACUAUGCAUCCGAAAUUUCUCGUCUCGGCUGCAUUUGACGGCACCUGUAGGACUCGUAGAGUGUGUCGAUAAAUUCGGCCCUUAUCUCGAGUAGUGUUUGCGUGCUUAUCUGGAGACCGGGAUGGAAUAUCGAUACGACGUCCUAGAGAAAAGUAGUCGGCAUCGUGUCUCUCGAUCGCAAGGAUCUACUAUAUAUAAUGUUGAAAUGUUCGACAGGCAGACGUGACAUAUGUGAAAUGUCCGAGAUGCUUCUGUUUAAUAGAUCGUUGAGUAUUUCCGUGGAUAAACAGAGUAGAAAGAUCAAUAUUAUGUGAACAUGCAGACUUAUGCAUGCGAGCAUGUUGCUGCUAUAUGCGCAAUGUCGUGUUAUUGCCAGGCAGAAACCUGUUUGUCGUUCAUUAGUCCAACUUCGUUCAAAGUUCACUGGAUUGUAACUUGCUGUAAUAUUACAACUGGCUUUUCAGGGAUGCCGACAGACGAUUUGGACCCCCGUUGCGUGAAACGGAAACGAAAGGAGCACAGGAGCCUGGACAGUAUACUGUUCGAGGACGACGGCGAGUUAGAGUACUUCGACGUUCUGAAUCUGUUGCCUCUGUCGAACGUGCGUUUGGAGUUCGACGAGGAGGACGCGCGUGACAACAAUCUGCGACGGAGGAACGACUCGGUCGUAAAGUCUCUCGAGUGUCUCGAGUCGCGAGUCGUGCAGGAGAGAUCGUCCACGAGGAGCAACGCCACGGACGAGGAGAAAUGUAAAGAGACGAACGCCAAGGAGGAGGAUAUCGAGCAACCCGACUGUCAGAGAGAAUCCGACUCCUCGAGUCGAUCCAGAGAUAAUUCAUCAGCGGAGAACUCGUCGCGUCAGAAGGACGACAGAGACACGGUGAUUUGUCGUGGGAACGAGCCGACAGACUCGAACAGACCCGCGUGCUUGAACGUUAACGAGGACAGGUACGGACUCGAUGACGAGAUAGUGGCCUCGGAUAGGGAACAGAUCGAUCGAAAGGUCGAGGAGGCGGAGGAUUAUAAAUCCAUUUGGAUCUCGGAUACCGAAGAGCAGGAGGAGAUGUCGCGGAGGCCGCAGGUGCUCAAAAUCGUCGACAGCGACGUGACAAAAAAACGGCACCGAAGUCUCACUGUCGAGCUCGGUUCCAUCAAGAGAGACGAGCCGAGGAGCGAGAUGCUGCAGAGUGACGGACAGAAAUCAGGCAACUGUGUCGACGCGGUCAAGUGGAGUAAGAAGAUUGAUGAAGUUGAUGGGGCCUUGAAGAAUGUAGAGAAGGAUGCCUCGAGAGGAAAACAGACGGAGGGUAGAUUCGAGAGGAUCGUGAAAGAGACGUCGAACAUAAUCGGGAAGGCUUGCAGCGUGGUGAAAGGCAGCCUUGGUUUCGAGGCUCGGUCCGAGAGCUCCGACCUGGGCUUAGGAUCGGAAUCGGGAAGCGACACGAGACGAAGAUCCGUGGACGACGGCAUCGACGAGGACCACGCCACGUCCAACUGCAAGGGGUUAUCGUCCCUGGCGAAGGAGAACGCGAGCCAGAAGACGCGCGGCAAUCUGACAAGAUCGAGGAGCUGCGUCGAUUCGAUCGAGUGUCAUCCGGACGACGACGACCAGGAGUUCGAUCACGUCCGUUACAAGAUCAUCAAGUCGAACAUGUUCGGCAAGAACAUGUACGCGAGCACUCGCAACGACGUCACUUACGAGGGUCUGAUGCAGUAUCUGCGAGAGUAUUCCUUCCAGGAGCUGUUGUUGGACAACAACGUUGUCAUCAUAGAGCCAGUGCGCGCGGAGACGAUAGAGCGGAAGCUGUCCUCUGCUGGAAAAGCGAGAUCCGAGCCGAGCUGCAAGAUAGCAGGUGCUAUACAGAAGAAAACGGAGAUGGAGAGCGAAGGUCAGAGAAGCUGCGAUGGGACGAACGACAGCGGCAAAAGUCCGAAACAAUCGUCCAUUAAGAAGCAUUUCUUCUAUCAUCCCAUCAGGGUGAACCGCGAGCUCAUCGACGAGGAACUACCUGACCCGGACACCGUGAAAAACGUCAGGCGUAUGUUUGAGAACACGUUGAAGAUGAAGAACGUCUCGAAUGGUUCUACGCUAAUCUCGAAGGAUUGCAAGAGCCGGAAGAGCGUCAGUAUGAAGGAUCUGAGUAGCAUCGAUCGCGACCAUUUCGACGAGAUGUCGGAGAAGGCAGAGGGCACCAGAUGUUCCAGCCGGGCGAAGGAUCUCACGAAACUGUUCGAGAGCAAAGAGAAAUCCACGUCGUCGAACGCGUCGGUGAUCGAAGGCAAGGACGAGUUGGACAGCCCCCGUUGCGAGUCGAAAACCCGGAUCCUGGCGCAGAGUUUCGAGGCUAGAAGCGGCCACACGUCGCCCAGCGACUCCACUUCCUCCAAGAACAAGAUGAACCGUUGCCACCAUCAUCACGCCCAUCAUCACCACCACAGCAAUUGGGACGCCGGUAGCGUGAGCUCUGGCGUGUCCAGCGAUUAUCCCGACACUGAUCCCGGCAGCGGGGUGCAGUGUAUCUCCUCGGAGGACGAGGAGAUCGACUCGAGCCACGAGGCCGACGUGAGCCAAAGCGGAUCGAAUCACUACGUGUCACCGGACGUGCUUAAGAAGAUCCGCGAGUACGGCACCUCGGUCACGUACUACGGCGGCAAAGUAGUGAACUCCAGCAACGGCCCGUUGAUAUCGCCGAUAAUCGGAGAGAACGCGAGAUUCAAAUGCGUCAACGGGUCGAACGAUUACGUGAAAUUCCGGCUGAUAAAGAGCAACUCGUGCGACAGCAGGCUGGAACUGACUGGAAGAUUGGUGGAGAAUCACCUGAGGCUCAAUCGGAACAAGGAAAGGGCGCUCGAUCUGAGUCAAUACACGAUUGCGGAGACGCCGAGCAUCGAGAUCACCGUGCUGGACAAGCAAGAGAACGAGAGUAAAGACAACAAGAGGAGAUCAGAAGGCGAGAAUAAAGAGCCGGAGGUUAAACGAGAGCCUCCCGUGGUGAUCGGCUUGGAGCCGAAGAGGGAGGAGAACAGGGAGACGAAGAGUUUCAAAGCGGAUUUCAAGCUGGGCGAUUUGGAGGACGCCAAGUCCGAUUACGCGAGCAGGUUUAUCGGCAGUGCUCUGACCAGGUGGCAGGUCAACGAGAACAAUUGGAGAACCACCGACGAUUUUGGGAAAAUGGAGUUCGAAGAGUUCGAGGUGCUGGAGGAUAGCCUGAACGGGACCGAGAGCCAACGUUUGGAAACUUCUUGA